CCGCGCCUGCGCACUGUCCGGCUACAGCGACGCCUCUUGAUGACGUUUCAGGGGCGCGAGCGGAGAGGGCCCCAGAUCGCGAGGCGCCGCCAGCAUGAAGGAGACGCCGCUGUCCAACUGUGAGCGGCGCUUCCUGCUGCGCGCCAUCGAGGAGAGGAAGCGCUUGGACGGGCGGCAGAGCUACGACUACAGGAACGUGCGAAUCUCCUUCGGGGCCGACUACGGCUGCUGCAUCGUGGAGCUGGGGAGGACCAGAGUCCUUGGACAGGUUUCAUGUGAACUUGUUUCCCCAAAGCUAAAUCGAGCUACAGAGGGUAUACUUUUCUUUAAUCUUGAGCUCUCCCCAAUGGCCGCACCAGCUUUUGAGCCUGGCAGGCAACCUGAGCUUUUGGUGAAACUGAAUCGACUACUAGAAAGAUGCCUAAGAAACUCAAAAUGUAUAGACACUGAAUCUCUCUGUGUUGUUGCUGGUGUAAAGGUGUGGCAAAUUCGUGUGGACCUGCAUUUGUUGAAUCAUGAUGGAAACAUUAUUGAUGCUGCAAGUAUAGCAGCAAUAGUGGCUUUGUGUCACUUCCGUAGACCAGAUGUAUCUGUGCAAGGAGAGGAAGUAACUUUGUAUACCCCUGAGGAACGUGAUCCUGUCCCUUUGAGUAUCCAUCACAUGCCUAUCUGUGUCAGUUUUGCCUUCUUCCAGCAAGGGACCUAUUUGUUGGUGGAUCCCAGUGAACGAGAGGAACGUGUAAUGGAUGGCCUCCUAGUAAUUGCCAUGAAUAAACAUCGUGAGAUUUGUACUAUCCAGUCCAGUGGAGGGAUUAUGCUGUUAAAAGAUCAGGUUCUGAGAUGCAGUAAAAUAACUGGUGUUAAAGUAGCAGAGAUCACAGAACUAAUUCAAAAGGCCUUGGAAAAUGACCGGAAAGUUAGGAAAGAAGGUGGAAAGUUUGGCUUUGCAGAGUCUAUACCAAAUCAAAAGAUCUCUGCCUUUAAAAUGGAAAGAGCUCCUGUUGAUACUAAUGAUGUGGAAGAGCAAGCUGAAGAAAUCAUCACCAAGGCUGACCCUCCUUCAGAUGUCAUUGCCAAACCAAUAAUACGGAUGCCUGGGACGGCCCAAAUUGGGGAGGGACUAGAGAACUCCUGGGGAGACUUUGAAGAAUCUGAGAGAGAGGAGGAAGAGGAAGGUAACAGUGAUGAUGCUACCACCUCAGGAGGUCAGAAAAUGGAAACGGAAGAGAUAAAUAUUGUGAGCAAAACUAAGAAGGAUGAUGACACAAUUAUACUGUCUGACAGUGAAGAGGAGGAAGUCGUCAUUCUGGAACCAGAGGAGACACACAAGAAAACACGAACUCACACCACUGCCAAACAGGAAAAUUCUUCAAGUAAGAAAGCAUUUAACAAAAAGAGAAAAAAGAAGAGAGCUACUCAUUAGUCAUGUUCCCUUCACAAUAAUUGUAUUGAUUAAUACUGAAACAAGUCAUUCAUACUCUGUAUAUUAAGCUACUGAAUGUAUUUUUGAAGAUCAGUAUUCCCUCCCUCCCCAUUUCUGUAACUCAGGUCUACUCUGUAUAUUUUUAUAUAAUACUGUACAUUGUCUU